CAUUUUCUGGCGCUUGUUAUUUCUAGCACUAAUUCAGCAUUUUUAACAAAUAAACCUCGAUGCAGUAUCCAUUUCUAUCUCAAGGAAUCUUUGCUAGUUGGGAAUGAGUUAUUACAUAUAAACAACGAUCAGCUUAUAACUCUCGGGAGAUGGGCUUUACCAUUAGAUUCAACAUUAUACACGAUGGGUAAAUCUACUACCCAACUAAAGCGCCGUAAAAUCACUAGGCGGAACAGACAAUACCGUGUUACUCACGAGAAUGUUUAUGAAGUAGCCUCACGUUUGAAACAAAACGCCUUAGUAUCCGAAAGUGAUAAAGGAAAGCUGGUUCAGUUCUUAACUACAUUAUUGCGAAUGACACAAUUCCCAUACUACGCCGCCAGUAAUGACCAACGAAUCAUCAAAUCAUUUCAGGUUAUUAAUAACAUUGUAAACGACCGCACGGCCAGAUUUUGGAGGAUCAGAAUCGCUUUUUGGCGAUUGGCACAGAUGGACAAAGAUUUAAUGACGCGUAUCCAACUUGAAAGGGAUAAUGGCACCCUGGGCAAUAGGGAGAGUCAAAGCAAUAGAACAAUCGCCACCGGCAUUCAAGGUGAAGCAUCAAUGCUAUCGACACGACAAUUGUUAGCUCAUCAGAGAUCUGCCAGGCGAUGGACCAAUUUCUCCCAAAACUCGCUCAUUCCUCUUCUAUUUGCGGCGCCGGGCAGGACUGAGAUAAUCAUAUUUUAGGAGCCGUCGGAAGAAACUUGAAACACUUGUUUUCGGAGGCACACAUCUUGGAAAUGGAACAAAUCAUGCAGUUUGCACACGAUACUGC